AUGGACGACCACGAAAGGGUGGCCAGCGGGCCCCAAUUUAUGGGUCUGAGAGACCUCCCGCUUGACAUGAUGAUGCUUCUUCAGAAGCUAGAGGAAGACUUCUUUGUCAAUAAGACGAUUGACCAAUGGACGUAUAUUAACCGUCGUGAGGAGAUCAUGAAACAGGUGAAUAAGCUUCACCAGCAGCAACAGAAGGCUGUGCCUUUGGACGCCAGUCUGCUAGAGAAGGUGUUGAUGCCUCGAAAACGGCCUGAGGGCGAGGGUUUCUUCAAAUACUCUUUGGCUAGGAUCUUGAAGGAACGGGCAUCGCUACAGAAACAAGAGGUGGCGUUUCAGGUUCUUGAUGCUAAGGGCAAAGAGCUGCUGAGCAUUCUGUGGGAGAAACUCUACUUGAAGGCUACGAAAGUGGCUGCUGAUCUCAAGCAUAGGCACCAAUUAAAACCUAAUGAUACUGCGGUGUUGCUUUAUAAAGAUGGAGAGGUUUGUGAGUUCGUGGUGGCUCUUUUUGGCUGCUUUAUGGCUCGUGUGUCUGCCAUUCCUAUUCAUCAGGACAUUGCGCUCCAGGAAAUGUUCGACGUGAUCAACUUGACAUCUACGCAGUUCGUGCUCAUGUCCGACUCGGUUCUGAAGGAGAUUGAGCGUAUUUCAACUACGAAUCAGAAAAUCCUGUGGCCUCCUAAGGUGCUGCGCUUGAGAACAACUGAUCUCGGGUCGGCUAAACGCUCAGAUAUCGAGAAUGUGUUUGGCAAAUCCUCCAAGAGGGAUGAGCAUUUGAGCGCCCAGAAUGAUUUGGCUUACCUAGAGUUCUCAAGAUCGCCUGUCGGUGAACUUAGGGGUAUCGAGUUGAGUCAUAGUACUAUUUUGCAUCAAAUGAACUGCUUGGAUAUGUCUUUGCUGAGUCUACCGGAUUCUGGCGGCUCUCUCAGGCAGUCGCUCAGCUCACCUAGGAAGAACAAGAGAGUGUUUUUGGCUACAGUGGACCUUCGUAUUUCCAUUGGUCUCAUUGUUGGUAUCAUGUUCACCAUCUAUUCGGGCAACAUGCUUGUUUGGGCUCCUCCCAAAGUAAUGGAAGUCCAGGGUCUUUAUGCACAUAUUAUAUCCAAGACAAGGGCCAAUUUGUUGCUUGCUGACUUUUUAGGUCUCAAGAGAGUCACUUAUGACUAUCAGCUGUCUCCAAAUACCACUCGUUACUACUCCAAAACCCAACGUGUGGAUUUCUCUACCAUCAAAUGGGUGUUGAUUAAUGCGUUGUCUGUUGAUGGUGAGCUUAUAGAAGUCCUUGCCGAGCGUUAUCUUAAACCGUUGGGCUGUCAGCAACCACGAAAUGCCAUUAUUCCUAUGCUCACGCUAAGCGAGUACGGUGGAAUGGUGAUUUCCAUGCGUGAUUGGAUUGGAAAUGGAGAAAAAUUAGGCUUGGGAACAAGCUUUAAACCUACUGACGAGAAUUCGUCCGUGAUAAUUGAGAAGGAGGCUCUUUCCAGGAACAAGGUCAAGAUAAUAGAGACUGAUAUUUCCGAAAUGGAAGAGCGUACAGGUGACUCUCUCAGAAUUGACGCUUUCGGAUACCCCUUGCCAGAUGCUACUUUGGCCGUGGUCAAUCCAGAGUCAUCUACUGUUGUUCAAAAAGGUGAAUUGGGUGAAAUUUGGGUUGAUAGUCCUUGUUUAUCUGGUGGAUUUUAUGGCCUUAAAAAGGAAUCCAGACAAAUUUUUCAUGCUAAAUGCAGAAACGCCAAUGGCAUUAUGGAGCCCGAGUUUCUUAGGACUGGUCUUUUAGGUUUCACUCAUAACGGCAAGGUUUAUGUUUUGGGACUUUAUGAAGACAGAAUCAGACAAAGAGUCAGCUGGAUUGACCAAAAAAUGCAUAAGAGGCUCAAACGUAACCUUUCCAUUGAAAAUGGAACACGCUAUCAUUACGUUUCACAUUUAUUAGCGACCUUGGCCAGUGAGGUCAGAGAAGUGUACGAUUGUACAAUCUUCGAUGUGUUCAUUGGAAACGAGUACUUGCCAGUCGCUAUUGUCGAGGCUGAAGUGAUACGACGGGUCAUUGACGAUUCUGAUGCUUCUUCCACCUCUGGCACGAAAAACAGAGAUAAGAUCGACUACACAGCAGCUCCACUUAACGAGCCUGUUUUAAACGCCAUCGCCCAGAAGUGUUUUGAUACCCUUAAUAAGCAUCACUUUCUUCGGCUUUUCUGUGUCGUUGUGGUCGAUUGUGAUACCCUUCCUAAGAUCAUGAGAAGUGGUGGUUUGGAAAUUGCUAACAUGUUGUGUAAGAAGCGUUUCUUCGAAGGCACUUUGAGAGCUGAGUUCGUUAAAUUUUUUGUCAGACAAUCUAUCAGUAUGGUUCCACACGGUGAGGACGUACUUGGCGGUAUUUGGUCUCCUUACGCCUCUGAGCUUAGGAGUGCUUCGUUGUCUAAGUUCAUGCCACAGCUCUCUAAUAUUGACUACAGGCAAAAGUCUGUCGAUGAUAGGACUGGUGCUCCGCUCACAGAUUUCAAAUCCAUUGUUGAUAUCUUGAAAUUUCGUGUCGCUCACUCUGGUGAUAGUAUUGCUUUCCAGAACAUCGAUCCAAGUGGAAAGAGCAGUCUGAAGCCUUUGACAUGGAAGAAAUUUGAGCUUCGAGUUUAUGCACUUUGCAAUCAUAUCAUGACCAAGACAACCCUCAAAAGUGGUGAACAUGUUAUAUUGAUGUACUCGUUGUCCGAAGACUUUAUCGUUGCGGUCUAUGCUUGUUUCAUGCUUGGCAUUAUUCCUGUUUCUAUGCUUCCAUUUGACUCAAACAGAAUUGGUGAAGACUUCCCUGCGUUCGUGGGUGUCGUCAAGGAUUUUGAUAUUCAAGAGGUGUUUGUUAAUGAGGAUGUGGAAAAGUAUAUGAAGAAUGGGCCCGUUGCUGACGCUAUCAAGAAAAUGAACCAUAGAAGACAGAAGGCAUUGAAGAUUAAGAGUACAUCUAAGAUUACCAAGGUCUCCAACACUGCAUCUUUGAAUUCUAAGAUUGCCAAAUACCAGUCCGACUCUAGGUUCCGUGACGAAUCAACUACUAGUCUUGUCUGGUUACAUUUCACUUCCGACCAUUACAGAGUCGGUGCAUGUUUGAGUCAUAAGAACAUUGUCAGCAUCUGUAAAGUGUUCAAAGAAACCUGCAACUUAACUUCAAAGUCAUCUAUUGUCGGAUGUGUUCGUCAUUCCGGUGGUAUCGGUUUCGUCCAGGCCUGCCUCUUGGGUGUUUUCUUAGGUACAACUACCUAUCUCAGCUCGCCAGUCAAUUUCGCUGAGAACCCGCUCGCAUUCUUCUUGUCUCUUUCCAAGUACAAGGUUAAGGAUGUCUUUGUCACUGAACAGAUGCUCAAGUAUGCUGUUUCCAAAUUCACACCAAAGGGAUUCAACUUGUCAUUUUUGAAGAACAUGAUGAUAAGUACGGAAAACAGAGUGGAGAUUGAUUUGCUUAAGAAAAUCGCCAGGAUAUUCCAACCCACAAAGCUUAGUGCUGCUGCUGCCUCGGCUGUCUACACACACUGCUUCAAUCCAAUCAUUUCAACGAGAUGUUACAUGACUGUUGCUCCAGUUGAUCUUUAUCUAGAUCCUGUCGCUUUGAGGCAAGGUUACGUAUCUAUCGUGAACCAGCUUGAAUUCCCCAACGCUCUCAGAAUCCAAGACUCAGGUAUGGUGCCCGUCUGUACAGAGAUUGCAAUCGUCAAUCCUGAGACAUGCAAAGUCUGUAAAGAGGGCGAAUUCGGUGAGAUUUGGGUUUGUUCAGAAGCCAAUGUCACUUCUUUUACUAAUGGUCCUAAGGGUCCAGUGGAUCACUUUAGCUCUCGUCAAUUCUUGGGCAAGAUCGUUGAUGGAAAUCCCGAUAUGACAUACCUUAGAACUGGUGACCUAGGGUUCCUCCAUCACAUCUCGAUUUCGAAGAAUUCCCAUAAUGGAGCUGAAAGAAAGGAAGAGACUGCAUCCUUCCAACCACUUUUCGUUUUGGGCAAGAUUUCUGAUACCUUUGAAGUGAUGGGUUUGCAUCACUUCCCUGUUGACAUUGAAGCUACGAUUGAAUCGUGCCAUGCUGAUAUCUAUAAUAAUGGAUCAUGUGUGUUCAAGGCUUCUGAUUUUACCAUUGCUAUCUGUGAAGCCAGAAAGACAAAGAAUCUUGCUGCCUUGGUGCCAUUGAUUGUCAACACGGUAUUCAGUAAGCACCAUGUCAUUAUUGAUAUCGUUGCAUUCAUCAAGAAGGGAGAAUUCCCAAUUUCAAGAUUAGCUACUAAGCAAAGAGCACGUAUCGUGGAUGCGUGGGUGCAAGGCAUCAUUCCUAUCAAGGUGCUGUACGGAAUUAAUUUCGGUGAAAACUCCAUGAUCAAGCUUAUCAAGGAAAUUGACGAGGUAGCUAGAGACGACCCAAUUACUGGCCUCAAGAAUCCAGCUCAGUCAUACUACGAUAAUGCUGAUGAUGAUGUUUUUGGGGGCACUGGAACCAUGCUUAAUUUAAACACAGAUGGAGAAGGUGAUAUGGAGUCUGGUUACCAAACCUCAAUCAACCAAGGCUCAAUCAAUCAGGGCUCCAUCAACCAAGGCUCCAUGAACCAAGCAUCCCUUAACCAGGCUAACCGUUUGUUUUCAAAGGAGGACUCAUCAAACAAUAACGACACUCCUUUCGCCAAUAAGAACGACCUUGCGCCUGAAGAGCUUCCGAACGACUUUAUUUCUCGCAAAAGAAGACUGUCUGUUCACGAAUCGCUCAGAUUGGUGAAUGACGCCGUCCCUAGAAUGUCAUCUUUCCUCCCUCAUCUUAAAGGAUACCAAGGCAUCGCCCAGUCGCUUCAAACUGAGCAGGAUGCGUUCAAUGGGGCCAGUGAACAUGAAAGAAGACAGUCUAUCUUCCCGCCUAGCGUUCCUGAUUACGCUAUGAAUGGCAAUGACGAGUCAGCAUUUCUUAGAGACUUGUCGCCUAAUUUGAAUAGCAUGCCUAGGCAAAGCUUCCUACCGACAAUGGACCGUGAUAUGGAGUAUAACAACUCUGACGAUAUGGAGCAGGGAGAGCAAGACCGUCAUGUUCAAGAUAAUGAGCUUGCUCCAUUGUACCAGGAUGAAGACGGCAACCUUGUCAGGCCUCCCUUCAUCAAUCUAGAUCCAAAUGAAAGGUACCACUUGUUACAACUCAAGCGGUCUGUUGAAAUGUCUGAGUAUCUACAAAGCAGACUUAAGUAUAUGGUGGACCCCGAUGAAACAAGCAGUACGCCUGUUACUGGUACUAAGGUUAACUCGACUACACAAACGCAUGGUGUUGAAGACUUAGGACGCAAAUUGAAUUUCAACAACUUACGUUCCAAGUUAUCUCGCGCUAGGAAACAACGUGAACAGAGAAACGGUAAAGGAUUUUUCUCUGGUGAAUUUUACUAUGAGCCACAGGCGCCAAAGAAAGUGGCUGAUCCCGUGCCCAACGGCGAGAAUCUCAAUGGUUAUCUUGGGGAGGUUAAGAAACCUAAAUUUACACAGCCAAAAUCGGAAAAGCCAAAACAGCAAUUCCCUGACCAAGAGGCCCCUUCCAAAUUGGGUUUGGAUAAGCAUCGUCGCACUGACCUAAGUGCAAUGCUCAAGGCUGGUAAGAAGGAUGAGCCGGGUUUAGAUAAGGAUUAUUUGGAUAAAACUGAGUCGCUUAUCAAGGUCAAAGAGCCCACUUCCGGUCCGGCUUUGAAGAAACCAUCAGUUGGUCCAAGCAGUGGUUUCAACUUCGAGAUUGAUAAAAAGAACCUUGGUUCUAUUCUUCAGACACGUAAAGAUGAUGAUGAGCGUGUGGAGAAGGCCAGUGCUGCUCCAGAAACUAAUAAGGCAGAAGAUGAAGGUAAGAGGGCUCUUUUUGGCCUUUCUGCGCCUUCUGGGGAGCCAGGACCUAAGCGUAAAAGGGGCAUUGAAGACGCUGAGGAAGCAAAGCCAUCACCUUUAUUUGGAAGUGCAAAGAAAGAUUCUACCAAGACUCCACUGUUCAAUUUCUCAAAGCCUGAUGCUAAAGAAAAUGAAACCGAGGAAAAGCCCAAGACAGGCUUCUCUUUUGGCGGCUCCACUUCGAAACCAUUAUUUCCAAGUUCGGAUAAGAAGGAUAAUGAACCUGAUGAAUUAUCUCUCGGUAAAGCUGGAUCAAAACCACUUUUUGGCGGCCUUCCUGGAUCUACUAACCCUCUGGAGGACAAGACUACAACAAAGAUAGAUAAGACGAAGGAGGCUCCUAAGUUCUCUUUUGGUCCAUCUAAGGAAACCUCUGAAGCUCCUAAGUUUUCCUUCGGAGCUGCCUCUGGCGAUAAAAGCUCGACUGAGAAGGGUGAAACGCCAAAAUUCUCGUUUGGUCAGGCUGCUGAUAAAAAGAGCGAGGUUGGAACUGAAGAACCUGCCGAGAAGAAGACCUCUUUACCAGCUUUCAACUUUGGCACCAAGGAAGACAAAAAGGAAGAUGCGCCAUCUUUCAAUUUCGGUGGCUCUAAAGAGAAGAGUGCUACUCCACUGUUCAGUUUCGGUGGAUCAUCAGAAAAGAAGGAGUCUAAGCCAUUCAGUUUUGGAGGUGCUUCUCAAGAAAAGGAGAAAGAAGCUGACGAGUCCACGAAAAGCAAGGACGCCGCUCCUCUGUUUAGCUUUGGAGCUUCUACGAGUAAAGAAGAUUCGAAACCCGCUUUCAGUCUCGGAUCAUCUGCUGAAAAGAAAGAGACUACACCUCAGUUCAGUUUUUCCACUUCAAAGCCAGAUACAUCGGCCGGAUUCAGCUUAGCCAGCUCUACAGAGCCUAAGGAGAAAGAAGAGGCAAAAAAGGAAGAGACUCCAAAAUUCUCCUUUGGAGGUUCAUCUACAAAGGACUCCACUCCUUCAUUCUCCUUUGGUGCUAAGAAAGAUGAGGAGGCGAAACCUGCUGAUGAUAAACAGGCUCCAAAGUUUGACUUCAAGCCAUCUGGCUCAGCACCGCAGUUCUCGUUCGAAAAGCCAAAAUCUGAAGAGCCUAAGGCUGCCACUGAAGUUCCCAAGUUCUCUUUUGGUACUACGAAAUCUGUUUCUCCUUCGUUUACUUUCGGAGCAACGAAACCAGCUGAAACCUCGUUUGGAGACACGAAGUCCGAUACUGCUAAAGAAACCACUCCUGUUUUUUCUGUCUCCUCUAAGGAAACCACACCUAAGCCAUUCCUGUUUGGCCAACCUGCCGCAAAGCCAGCCUUCAAUUUUGGAAGCUCUCAAACGCCUGGGUUUGGUGGGGAUUCGAAGAGCACAUCUACGUUUUCCUUCGGUAAGCCUGAAACACCUCUGAUCGGAGGUCAAGCUGGAGGUGCUGCUGCACCUAAACCCGCCUUUUCCUUUGGCCAGGCGGCUACUGUUGACCCGGCUCUGAUUUUCGGCGCUGGUGGUAGCGCUGGUGCACAAGCUUCUCAGCCAGGUUCUGCCUUUGGUGGACCUUCAGGUGCUCCCUCGAAUACGGCGUCGCCAUUCAACUUUGGUGGCAACCAGGCACCUGCUUUUGGAGGACCUUCCGGUGCUUUUGGCGGUCCGAACCCGAAUGCCUCGGGUUUCAACUUCGGAGCCGGUGCCAACCUUGCAGCACCUCAGCCUACACAAAGCCCUUUUGCAGGCCCAGCGAACACAUCAAGUGUUUUCGGUUCAAGAGGAUCCACACCGGGCGCUGGUCCAGGUGGUAGUGCUGGCUUUGGGCAACCAGGAGCCGGAAUGGCGAACCCAGCAUCUGUGUUUGGUGGUGCUGCUCAGAACCACCAGCCAUCUACAGCUUUCGGAAUGGGUAACCCAGCCCCAGGAAACCAGUUCAAUAGUGCCCCUGGUAGUGUCGGAGCGGGUAGUAGAGAGAAUACGCCUCCGGUGUUCGGAGCCGGAACCGGUACUCCAGGUGCUCCCAGUGCUCCAGGCGCCCCUGGUGCCCCUGGUGCCCCUGGCGCCUUUGGAGCUCCAGGACAGCUGUUUACGCCACCGUUGGCAAUGCAAGGCCGCCGUAUCGCUCACAUGAGACCUCGUCGUCGAUAA